AUGCUUCUCCUCUCACUCCUCGCCCCUCUUGCCCUUUGUGCAACUAUUCCUCCCCUUCAUCCGUCUGUCGCCUACAGACCCAAUGUCCCUGAACAUGCUCGAAAACUCUCCGGAAGCAAUCUCACCGCCUAUGUCAAUCAGAAUCAGAAGUUGUGGAAGGCGGAGACGUCGAGAAUGACCCGCACGGAGAGAAUGGUUUGUAUGUCUGUAGAAACGAGGUAUAUCUGAGUUCAGGCGCGUGUGAAAAACAUCAAAUUCGUGAAAUCCAACGAGGAAAAGUCCCGAGAACAGCCACAAGUGCUGGUUGACAUUCCAACUUCCUUCGACGCCCGCGACAAGUGGCCACAGUGCACGCAGAUCGGAGCAGUCCGCGAUCAAUCCGAUUGUGGUGAGCGCGAUCGUUUCUGAUGUUUUUGGGUUGAAAAACCGUGGAGGGACAGCGCGAGAGUGACGUGAUUCCGAGAGGAAUCAGAAAAAGAUAGAGAAGGGAGAGCGCGUGUGUUUUGUUGCCGAUCUAUCAAAACAUUUAUCAGUCAAUCAUCAAUUUCAAAUCGGCAACUUAUUUUUUUGGUUCUCUUACUUCCAGGCUCGGCCGCCCAUCUCGUAGCCGUCGAAAUCGCCACCGACCGCACGUGCAUCUUCUCCAACGGCACCUUCAACUGGCCACUUUCCGCCGAAGAUCCACUCUCCUGCUGCGUUGGCCUGCUUUCUAUCUGUGGAGAUGGAUGGGGGUGGGAUCAUUCUGAAGAAACACUUUGAAUCAACUUUGACUGUCUUUCAGAUGCGACGGAAGUUGGCCGAAAGACAUCCUGAAAUGGUGGCAGACGCACGGAUUGUGCUCCGGCGGCAACUACGAGGAUCAGUUCGGAUGCAAACCCUACUCGAUCUAUCCGUGCGACAAAAAGUACGCGAACGGCACCACGUCCGUCCCCUGUCCCGGAUACCAAACGCCCACUUGCGAGGACCACUGCACCUCCAACGUCACGUGGCCGAUCGCCUACAAACAAGACAAACACUUUGGAAAAGUGCACUACACGGUCGGCAAGAAAAUGACGGACAUUCAGUUGGAGAUCAUGACCAACGGGCCCGUCAUCGCCUCCUUCAUAAUCUAUGACGACUUCUGGGACUACAAGUCGGGGAUCUACGUGCACACAGCUGGAGAUCAGGAGGGAGGAAUGGACACGAAAAUCAUCGGAUGGGGAGUGGACAGCGGUGUUCCCUACUGGAUCUGUGUUCAUCAAUGGGGCACCGACUUCGGGGAGAAUGGUGGGGUUGUGAAUCAGAAGAUUGCUCGAAAUCCUACGAGUUUGCAGGAUUCGUUCGCUUCCUCCGCGGCGUCAACGAGGUCAACAUUGAGCAUCAAGUACUGGCAGCUCUUCCGAAUUUCGACCAACACGAUUGA